CUUUCCCUCCGAUGAAGUUUUCCAUAGAUUCGAAUUCGAGCGGAGAAAAAUCACUUUUGCGUGUCUCUCGCUAUCCCCCUUCCCUCCCCCUCUUUGUCUCAUUCUUUCGCUCUCUUCCUCCUUCGGUGUUUUCUUAUUUUUACCGACAUUUAAAUUUAGACCAGAUAAUCAUUCCUCGGAGUUGUACUUCGUCCAAGUUCACGAAAUACUUGAUCCGUUGAUUCUUUCUCUCGGUUAUCGAUACACAAGAAAUUGUCGCGCUUCCUGGAAAUUCCGCCUCCCGUCGUCAGUCCAACGUCAGCCGGUGUCCGCUUUUCGUCUAAGCGGAAAAUCAAAUUACUCCCGCCAAGAAUUUCGCGACGUUUCUCGGCGGCACGCCCGACAGGCGUCGGGUGUCAAAGACGUGUCUGAGGAAGGGAAGAUCACAGCGAGAGCGGUGACAGAAACGAGGAAUCCCCCUCUCUCUCUUUCUCUGCCCCGUGUUCUCUUCGCGCGAACUCCCAUCUCCUGUCAGAAGUGGGAUACAUCAUCGCGGCUAUUCUAAUCUCGUCUCUCAACGAGGCCUAAAUGGGUCAUCGGGGCCACGGGCGAGCCAUUCAGGAAGAGAUCGACGACGCGGAAAAAGAAGCGAUCCGCCAUCUGGAGCGUCGAUGAUCUUAUAAGCCGGCGGGCGGCGCGUUGCAUUCGCGUCAAGAAGAAGCGAACGCAUUGCGUGGCCUCGCGCGUUCAGUAGCCCGCGGAGUUGUACGCGAAAUGCACGUGCACAUUUUCGAGACGACGCGCAUUUCCCGGCUCAGCGGGGAUCAACCGUGAUUCGGGACGAGAGAGCUCGAGCCAGGUAGAACAGACGACGACGAGGACGUUGAAAUAACGUCGAAAUGAUGGGAAAACACGACUCUCGCGACUUUGCGCGCGGCUGUCUGAGUGAUCCGACGAGCGGGACGGGUCGGUGAAGUCGACGCGAAUCCUCUCUCGGGCUUGACUUCUCCCGCGGAGGCAACGAGCGGAAAAGUGCGGUGAAUCGUACAAAUUGGUUUCCGUGUCAGGCUCUCUCGCGGUGAUAAUAUAUCAGAGCGAGGCGAAAAAAUGAGACCGCGCGGAACGGAGCUCGCGCUCGGUCUGCUGCUGCUGCUGUCCGCCGUUUUUGAGUUCUGCGCGAGCGACAACGACACCUGGGUGACGCGCGACAUGAAGGCGCGUAUAAUCAAGAAGCUGCGGAAGAAUUACCGGAAGCUGAAGAAGCAGGAGGGAGCAUUGAAGCUGGUCGGAGGCAGCAGUGGCGAUCACGAAGGAAACGUGGAGAUACUGCACGACGGGAAGUGGGGCAGCGUGUGCGACGACGAAUGGGACGAGCUGGAGGCCGAUGUGGUUUGCAGGCAAUUAGGUUUCAACGGUGCAAUUAGAGCGACGACGGACGGGCACUUCGGCCAGGCCAGAAGAAGAUACUGGAUGGACAACGUUUACUGCGACGGAUCCGAGGACGAACUCGCGAAAUGCCGUUUCGACAGCUGGGGCGUCUCCGACUGCGGCAGCAACGAGGCGGCCGGUGUGGUUUGCUCGCACGACGAGGAAGCCGAGACGACGUCGGUUUCGCGGGCGAAGCCGCCAAAGUCGAGAAUAAAGGACACGUAUCAGCGGGGAACGGCACUGCGGUUGUCCGGAGGCCGUGUGCGUACCGAAGGUCGGAUAGAAAUCAAACUGGGCGACGCGGAUUGGGGUGUCGUCUGCGGCGACAGUUGGACCAUGCUCGAGGCCGCCGUGGUGUGUCGUCAAUUGGGCCUCGGUUACGCGUCCGUCGCGACGCAGAGCGACUUCUUCGGCGGUGAGGCGAUGCCGAUCUCGAUCGGCGGGAUACAGUGCCGCGGGAACGAGGGGAAUCUCGCGGAUUGCCUGCACGACGAGGUCGUCGACUGUCCAGGCACAGCGGGAAACAUAGCGGGGGUGGUGUGCCAACGCGAGAUGGCCGACCUCGUGUUCGAUCACAUCGAGCUGAUGCGCACCGCGCAUCUGGAGGACCGCCAGCUGUAUUGGCUGCAGUGCGCGAUGGAGGAGAACUGCGUGGCCUCGCAGGCUUACAAGGUGCAGAAAGAGACCACGAACUGGUACCUGGAGACCAGACGGCUGUUGCGGUUCACGGCGAAAAUCCUGAAUGCGGGCACCGCGGACUUCCGCCCGUCUGUGCCCAAGCAUCUCUGGGAAUGGCACAUGUGUCAUAUGCAUUAUCACUCGAUGGAGGUGUUCGCGACUUUCGACGUGAUCGAUUCGAGCGGUAAUAAAGUCGCCGAAGGCCACAAAGCGUCCUUUUGCCUCGAGGAUAAUCAGUGUAUGCCCGGUGUCGAGCCCAGAUACAAAUGCGCCAAUUACGGGGACCAAGGUAUCUCCGUUAAUUGCAGCGACAUUUACAAACACAAUAUCGACUGCCAGUGGGUGGACAUUUCCGAGCUCGAGCCGGGACACUACACGCUGAAGGUCGCGGUGAAUCCCGAAUUCAAAGUUGGCGAGAUGUCGUUCGAUAACAACGCGGCGAUCUGCCGCCUGCUUUACACGGAAACUUUCGCGACUGUCCACAGUUGCAUAAUGGGCCGUCCUUGACCCGCGCUAUUGCCGGGAUUUUUCCAGCUUCGGGGGAUUCACGGGGGUGAAAUUAACGUCGGCCCGACAUCGGUCAAACGUGACGAGCAAGAAAGGUGACGGCACGACGACGACGGCUCUGCGAACUUAAUGAAGCAACUCGAGGCCGUGUACAGACGCGAAUGAAUUUAUAACCGGGACACCCGAACGAAAUAAUCUAACUCUAAUCCGCUACGCUGCCAUUUAAAUGUAACUGCCUCUGAUCUGAGAAGAAUAUACUUUUACUUCGUCUCUCGUU